AUGAUACGGCGUUUAGGGAAACUGGAGAGCGUUCCCGUAAAUACGAGGGAAGCCAUUGACGCGGUUUUCGGGUGCAUUAGCGAAAGUUUUCUGCCGACGUCAGACAAUCAACACGAGACAGAAUACGUGAUCCAUUGGCUUGAACCGGGUUACCCCCGAAAUAAGCUGCAACUGCAACUGCAACUGCUGCUGCUGCAACAGCAAGAUGCAAGUGAACUUGUUGCUCAAGCGCAGGCGCAUGUGAAGCAAUUGGAAGGUCCUUCUAGCCGUACCAAAGUAGCCAUACGACAAAGUCUUAAGGAAGAUGAUGAACACACUCAAAGAGCCUUUGUCGCUGCUUAUAAUUGUAAAAUGAUGGUUGAAUUCGGUCGAUGGUUUCCAGAAACAUUCUCAACGUUGGAACAAGUGUUGGCGCUAGUUGAAGCCAUCCAUGAGUACUAUCAAUCAAGAUUAGGGUAUUUGAACUUGACGUUGGGUGCAAAACAGAUGUUUAAUGCAAACUUAACUGCCCUUUUAGAACUUCAUUUGAUAAGGAAAAGCAAUUUUCUCACGCUUACCAGGCUGAAAUUAUCAGCGGAGGGUAAUAUAAGUGGCAAAGAUGAGACCAUAGUCGUAUCUAUAGGCUUACUUCUUCAGAAGUACCAAUUGGCAACCGAUCUCUACGAAGUGAUUCUUGAUCUUCAAAUUGGAAGAAUCCGACAUUUGGUGCAAAGUACUUCUCAUGAUUGGGAUAAGUCAUGUCUCAAAAGAAUCCAUGCAUCUAUCAGGUCUGAGAUCCUUCAAUCCAAUUGGAAUAAGUUGAACGCCCAAUUGGUCGAUUUGGAUAUGCUUUUGAAGUUCACCAAUACCGAGGUUAUUACCUUGAAGAUUGCCAAUUGCUUUCAAAUCAUUGGUCGGUAUCCUCAAUCUCGGGAAUCGCUUGAAGAACUAUACAAUUGUUUGGCAGUACUGGAAAAUCACUACUAUCAAAGAGAUAAAUUGGUGCAUACGUUUAUUGAUUCUUGCCAGAACAACUUACUUCAUUCAGGUGUGAACACGGUGGAUAUUAUUAAGUUCUAUACCAAAACUAUAUGGCUGUUCUUGAUCAUUGAUCCAAGAGGAGUGUUACUAGAUCGAGUGGUCCGUCCAAUUCGUCGAUAUUUAAAGAGUAGAGACGAUACCAUAUACAUAUUGGUUAAAGGGAUACUUGAUACAUCCCCCCAGAAUAAACUUGUUGAACUUGCAGAAGACUUAAGACUAACCCCUACUAAUAAAGGUUCCCAUAAGUCAUCACGUCUUUAUUAUGACGAUGCAAAUGAUCUUACUUUGAAAUGGGUUCCUGAUCCCCUCGAUGCCUUGCCCGACUUCAAGAGAGAUAGAAUCACCGAUAUCAUAGAGUCUUUGAUUUCGAUAUUCGAUUCUAAAGAUUUGUUCAUUGCUCAAAUCACAAAGUACUUUGUCGAGCCGUUGAUCGGGAAGGAAAGAUGGAACGUUGAUGAAAUCGCCAAAGAUGUAAAGUUCUUGAAACUUAAAUUUGGUGAUGAUAAGUUCACUAAUCUUGACAUUAUGAUUGAUGAUAUUAAACAAAGCUUAACCACAGGAAAGAGUCAAGCGGAUCAAGCGAAUCCGUUCAUUGAUUCAGUGGUAUUAUCUCAUUUGUAUUGGCCCAAUUUAGAUGAAACAAGUCCAUGGAAGCUCCCAUAUACUUUACAACGUUCUUAUGAUGAAUAUUCUUCCUUGUACAAGGCAGAAAAGCCUGGAAGGUAUCUUCGUCUCAUACCAACCUUGGGUAGUGUCACCAUUGAGUUAACAGAAUUCAGAACCAAGGCUCCAAAAAAUUACACUGUGUCUCCUCUCCAAGCUAUGGUCAUCUACCAAUUCAAUGAUGUUGAUGGGGAGCUUUCAGUGAGUCUGCUUGUGGAGAGUUUAGGAGCUACAGAGUUCGAAAUAAGACACGCAUUGGAGUAUUGGUGUAAGGAAGGUAUUCUAGAGGGAAUCACCAGUCAAUUAUAUAUGGUUGCUGAAGAAGAUGAUGAUAUAUUUAGAUGA